AUGAACACUGUAGCUCCAAAUUUACUGAGCGUUGUGAUCUAUGCUUCUAAUGCCCACAAGGUCUGGGAAGAUCUUCGUGAGAGAUUUGAUAAAGUGAAUGCUGCUAUAUCAUUUUAUCUUCACAAGGAGAUUGCAAAACUAACUCAAAAAUUGCUAACCGUAUCUCAAUAUUUCUCAAAACUUAGAGAGUUAUGGGAUGAGUAUGAAGCCUUAGAUCCUCCUCCUUCAUGUGGAUGUCUUGAAUCCAAGCAGCAUGCAGAACAUUACCAACUACAGAAAUUGUAUCAGUUUUUGACUGGUCUAAAUGACUCUUUUGAUAAUGCUAAAGAUCAGAUCCUUAUGAUUCGACCACUUCCAAAUGUCAACCAGACCUAUGCUAUGGUAGUUAAUGUUGAGAGUCAAAUUAGAAACAAUACAGCUCUAAGUGUUGGCAUUGGUGAUUCAGCAGCACUGAUGAGCAAGGCUAACUCUAGGAAUGGAAAUAGUAGUAUCAAACCUAGAAAUAGUCUUGGGAGGCCUACACUACAAUGUGACUACUGUCACUUGAAAGGUCAUACCAAGGACACUUGCUAUAAGCUCCAUGGAUACCCUGCUAAUUUCAAGGCCAAGAAAAGAGGCUAUUCAGGUCCUCAGGUUAACAAUGCAUUUACUGCUAGAGGAUUUCAACCUUCUGAUCUUCCUCAACCUACUCCACAACCUACUCCUCAAUUUUUCUCCCCUGAUCCAGUGUUUACUCAAGAACAAUAUGAUCAGAUCCUGCAUAUGUUGAACAAAGUAAAACAGGUAGAAUUAGUGGCAAAUGCAGCAACUAUGAACAACACAUGUACUAUAAAAGCCUUCAUGUCUCAUCUAGUUAAUGGUAACUGGAUAGUAGACACAGGGGCCUCCAAUCAUAUGGUACAUAAUUCAAAGUUACUAAGUGAAAUCAAGGAUCUCACUAGUAUAGACCAUAACAAGGUUCAUCUUCCUAAUAGUGAGCAGAUUGCUAUUAGUCACACUGGAGCGUCCAGAAUCUUCAAAACUAAAUCAUUACAAAAUGAUCUCUUGAGUAGGAAGCCAGAUAUCCCUGAAGACUCAGUGCAACUGCAGAAUGCAAAGCAAAGUACCAAUCUAGCAUCUUCUGUAAAUACUAGCUCUAGUUCUAGUAACAAUAAGGCAGUCCAUGCUAAGUCUACUGAGAAUUGUAUUGUGUAUUUGUGGAACAAGAGACUAGGACAUGCACCUCUGAAAGUUCUACAAAACAUUUCUUGUUCUACUCUUCCUUUUGAACUUGUGCAUGCUGAUGUCUGGGGCCCAUACAGGGUUCCAACUAAUGAUGUUCUGACUCAAUUUGAUAACAAGGUUAAGUGUCUCAGGUCUGACAAUGGUACUGAGUUCUUCAAUGAGAAGGGAGCAUCUCCCUUUGAGAAACUCUAUAACAAGGUUCCAUCUCUCCAGCAUUUGAGGGUCUUUGGUAGUCUGUGCUAUGCCACUUCUACUAGCAAAGCAGAUAAAUUUAGCCCCAGGGUUGUUCCUACUGUUCAUCUUGGCUACUAUUCUGUGCGAAAGGGAUACAUUUUAUAUGGUCUUCACUCAAAACUAUUCUUUGCUGAUUGCUCUUCACUUCAGUGCAUUCAUCCUCGUAGAACUCCUAGAAUUGAGUCCCCUUCUUCUGGUUCUAGUCAAUCAGUUGAUCCUACUCACCUAGUUUCUGAUCUUCAUCCACAGUCCAGUCCUUCUCCUAUUCCACCUCCUAUUAGGAAAUCCUCUAGGACCUCUGUUCCUCCUAUAUGGUUAAAAGACUAUGUUGUACCCUCUAAAGGAGCAGUCUGCAAUUAUUCCAUUUCCCUGUAUGUUUGUUAUGACAAGCUAUCUCCUGCCUAUCAGGCUUGUAUUGCUGCAUACUCAGUUGUGUCUGAGCCUACCUCCUAUGUUGAGGCCAGUACUGAUCCUAAGUGGAUAGAAGCCAUGCAAGCUGAGAUUGCUGCCCUUGAGGAGAAUCAGACCUGGUCCAUUGUUGACGUGCCUCCUGGCAAGGCUCCUAUUGGUUGCAAGUGGGUUUUCAAGGUCAAAACAAAUCCACUGGGAGGUGGAAAGGUAUAA